GACUUGACAGGAGGCAGUGAUGAGAAAUCAUACAAUAACAACAUUCAUCCUCCUGGGACUGACAGAUGACCCAAAACUACAAGUUCUGCUUUUUGUAUUUUUGUUUCUCACCUACAUGUUGAGUGUAGCUGGGAACCUCAUCAUUAUCAGCCUCACACUUUUGGAUUCCCAUCUCAAAACGCCCAUGUAUUAUUUCCUCCGAAAUUUCUCUGUCUUGGAAGUCUCAUUCACCACGGUCUGUAUUCCCAGAUUCCUGUAUUCUAUGGCAACUGGAGAUAAUACUGUUACCUACAAUGCUUGUGCCACCCAAUUAUUUUUUGUUGUCCUCUUUGCAGCAACUGAAUUUUUUCUCCUUGCAGCCAUGUCUUAUGACCGCUACAUGGCCAUUUGUAAACCCCUGCACUACACCACUAUCAUGAACAACAGAGUCUGCACUGCCCUCGUUCUCUGCUGUUGGUUGGCUGGCCUGUUGAACAUCCUCCCACCUCUUGGCAUGGGCCUCCAGCUGGAAUUCUGUGACUCGAAUGUGAUUGAUCAUUUUGUCUGUGAUACAUCUCCUAUUUUACAGAUAACUUGCUCAGACACAGUCUUAAUAGAGAGAAUUGCUUUGAGUUUUGCUGUGCUGACACUCAUUUUAACCUUACUGUGUGUGGUCCUCUCCUAUACAUACAUCGUCAAGACCAUUCUAAGACUCCCUUCUGCCCAACAAAGGCAAAAGGCUUUUUCCACCUGUUCUUCCCACAUUAUUGUGGUUUCCAUCACCUAUGGCAGCUGCAUCUUCAUCUACAUCAAGCCUUCAGCAAAGGAAGGAGUGGCCUUCAACAAAGUGGUGUCUGUGCUCACAACUUCAGUUGCCCCUUUGCUUAAUCCAUUCAUCUACACACUUCGAAACAAACAAGUGAAAGAGGCCUUUAAAGACACAAUAAAACAAGUUGUAUUUCUCACAAAGAAGUAA